GCCACUCGAGUCCCCUUAAAGGCAACACAGGUCCCCUCGUCACCAAUCUGUCGCUUAGCCACAUGUGCAACGUCUUACUUGAGCAAUACAAGUUCUUUGUUGUUGCGGAGCCACAACUCGCUUUCUCGAAGCUGCACCAAACAACUAGUGGUGGGAGCGUUAGGGAGUAAAACUUGCCAGUGCAGGGGGAUUGGGCGUAGCAGAUCCUUUAGCGUCAUGACCCACCGUGGGAGUCUUGGACAGGUGGAGCACACACCUUCCCCGGCGCCUGCUAGACUCCCUCGUCCUCCUUGGUAGUUCCCUCGCCAACCUGACCUUGUUGUGCAACGACAAACACUACUGUUUCAAGAGGGAAGUUUCAAGACACUUGUGCUUAAAUUUUGGAUAACCCUUUCGACUACACUGUUUGGGGACUGGCACCUUCAGUGGGGCGUCGUAGGUCUUCGCUGAGGGCCCAUGAGCCUCAGCUUCAGGCAGAUGAUGAGGGAUUUCGCCGAUUUUUUCACUCUGAGAAGAAGCAAAAAACUAAGAGAGAAGAACACCCGUGAUUCCUUAGGGAAAAACAAGAGGAAGAGAAAGCAGCAGCUCCAACAGCAGCAGCAGCUGCUUCAGCAACAACAACGGCAGCAGCAGCAGCAGCAGCAGCAACAGCAGCAGCAGCAGCAACGACAACAACAGGAACAGCAGCAGGAACAGCACUAUGAGCAGCACCAUCUACAGCAUCAGCUGCACCGGGAACAUCAUCAUCAUCAGCAGCAACAACAACAAAAGGAAAAUGGUGAAGAGGAGAGUGAGGUGAAUUUAUACCUGGAAAAAUCAGAUCAGUCCAACAGUUCUCACACCGACUCGGAUGAUUCAGUAUUCUCGGAGGACGAGACUUGUUCACUCCAAGCUGGCGAGUCACACGCAGCCUCAGAUGACGAGCGCAACGAUGGCGGUGAUGGAGGGUUAGCGGGUUGUUUCUACGUGUCCAGAAAGCACUCUAGGACUAUGCCUUCCAUUGUUAUAGAAGAUGGGCCACGCCUCAAUCCUAGUCGAGGCUCGAUUGGUAGCAGGCACAGAAGUGAGUCUCAUAUUUUGAUGAGUCAGACUCGUCCGUCUACCACCGACGCGGCCACCUCUCAGGAACGAUCACCAGAAAUCACCUUCGAUGAGACCGCCAGGGGCACGAGCGGCGGGAGGGGAUGGAACUACUUUCGGCGCCCCAAGAAGACGUCGUUCACUGUCAAGUACACCAAGGUCUAUGGGGAGGGUGAUGGCGCCUAUAGGAACGACUCUACCCCUCGAGGCCUGGUCUUUGUGUACAACUUUUCAAAAUUCAAGAAUGACGAGUACAGUGAGAGAGUGGGAUCCGAGAAAGACUUUGACAACAUGAUUAACCUCUUCCAGCAGUUGGGUUACGAUCCCUUCCACCGUCGCCGCCGUUACUGCUUGUCGGGCUACAUCACUAAAAAGACCUUCAUGGAGAAACUGGGGCUCUUCGCGAAGGAGCUAAAACAUAAAGUGUUGUGUUCAUGUGUGGUGAUCCUGAUGAGUCACGGCACAGGCCCCAAGACCUUCGUGACUUCGGACAACCAGGAAGUGGACCUGCUUGAUGUGUACAAGAUUUUUGACAACAUUAACUGUCCCUUCCUGCAGGGCAAGCCAAAGAUAUUCAUUCUGCAGUUCUGCCGCAGCCGAGCAAUUACUUCAGGCAGGGAAAGGACAUCGCCUGAACAGCUGCAACUUAACAAUGAGCAAAUGGAAAGAAUAGUCAAAGAACAAGUCAGCGAGUUCAUGCGGAAGUAUAUUAGAAAACUUUCUUUCAGCACUUUUGUUGGACAUGGCGUAGACAAAAACCAGCUGUUUGUGCAUAUUGAGGAAAAAAGCCGGCAAGCGUCACUGGCCUCCCUGUCCUCGGGUAUAAUAGAUCAGGAGCAAACUAAGGAAGGAGCACAAGUAAGCGGCAGCACUCUUCCCGGUCACUACGAGACCGAUACUAACCGAAUCCUUGCCAUGCCUCAGGUGGGCUUCCAGCGGUACUCGGACAUGUACUCCAUCUUUUCCACAUCCCCAGGCGAGCUGUCGCACCGCCACCCGGAGAAGGGCUCGCUCCUCAUCCAGGCGAUCUGCCAUGUGUUCGCCGAGUACGCUUACCAAGACGAGAUCGACACGCUGGUGCGCCGCGUCUCCACCUACAUGACCAAGACGCUGCAGAAGGACGAUCCCAUCACAGUACCUCGCCAGACCUGCGAAAGAACCAACAACGGCCUUGACAAGCUCUUCUACUUCAACCCCUACGAAAUGGUUCAGGAUCGCCAGUUUACAAUUUGAGCGACCCACGCCUCGGAAUCGCAAUCCAGUAUGUUGACCAAGGAUACAAACACAAGAGACACGUUCGUUCGUUUUUUGGUAAUGAAGGAUGGUGUGGUAUGAAAUACGCCUCAACAGAAAUAUUGCCACUGUUGUAGUUCACAUGUCACAAGACUGAUCCUCGAAGCUUCUGUGUGCGUGGUGCCAUGGUUCGUUUAAGGCGAAGAGAAGGCGACGGUUGUAGAAAAGUGAAUAUCCAUAUGCCAGGUAAACGUCGUGGUGCUUGUGAUUGGCCACUUUACUGCUGGUGGUGCUGUUGGUGACUGACCGACAACUUUACUGCUGGUGCUGGUGCUGAUGACUGACUGGCCACUUUAUUGCUGGUGUUGGUGCUAGUGACUGGCCACUCAACUACUGGUGGUGCUGCUGGUGACUGACUGGCAACUCUACUGCUGGUGCUGGUGACUGGCCACUCUACUGCUGUUGGUGUUGCUGGUGACUGACUGGCCACUCUACUACUGAUGGUGCUGCAGGUGACUGACUGGCCACUCUACUGUUGUUGGUGCUGCUGGUGACUGACUGGCCACUCUACUGCUGGUGGUGCUGAUUGGCCACUCUACUGCUGCUGCUGGUGUCUGACUGGCCACUCUACUGCUGCUACUGGUGCUGGUAACUGACUGGCCACUCUACUGCUGCUGGUGGCUGACUGGCCACUCUACUGCUGGUGCUGGUACUGGUGACUGAAUGGCCAAACUCAUGCUGCUUAGCCUGCUACAACACUAGUCCUUCUACUGGAUGGUUACACAACUACUGUCCCCCUGGAUGGCAACACUGGUCCUUCUAGUGAUGGUUAGAAUACAACUCUGUCCUUGGAUGGCCACACAACAGUUCCCCUACUGGAUGGUUAGACUACUACUGACCCUGGAUGGCCACACUAUACCUCCCACACAUAUACUGCCCACACUCCUGCUGCACCUCUGGAUAGCCACACUAUAGUUUCCCCUAGCUAGCCAUCCCAUUGUUCCCUUUUAUCAUCCUUUAUUGUGCCGGCCCAGUUGUAUGAUCACCCUUAUAAAAACAGGCUUCAGUCAUUGCUGUGACACAGGAAGGGCGCGACGUACAGAAUGGAAGAUGCGUUCUAUUGGGUAUUAAAAGAUAGCAUUAAGAGUUAGUUUAUUGUGGGGAAUACACAUCCCCUAAAACCCUUCUAGGGAGCACAUCCCCCUAAAUCCUUCUAGGGAACACUUGCCUUAAACCAUUCUAGGAAACACGUUCUCUACACACACUCCUGGGGAAACACUUCUACACACACUCUCCUCCCGCAUUCCAACAACACUGACAUAAGAAAUAUCUACACUUGAUGACCGUUGCCGUGGAAAUUAUUGCGUUGGUGGACAAGAGGGCAGGGCGGUGUUCUGGGAGCAGGGAGAGUACACAGGGACGCGGGAGCAUAACGUGAAAAGGUGUGGCGGGGUGGGGCAAGACUGAGCGGGUUACGUAUGGACGAGCACUCGAGAUCUCAAGUCCGCGUAGUGUGGAAAGAGAAAACAGGGCGCGGAAGCCUGUGGUACUGAGGCCACUCAAGAGAUGGGGUUGGAUUGCUGUCCGUUAUUCCACAGCAAUAGGUUAGUUUAGGCUCCUGUACUUAAUAUCACAUUAAUAAUCAGGUAACAGUACCACAGCAAGGAAAGGAGCACUUUAAGUUCUCAUUUAUUAGCUUUCAACGCAGUCUGCUCUGUCUUAUGUCACUCUCCGUAAUUAGUUCCAUUUCUUUGUCUUAACCCAUUAAGUACUACACAUAACUUUUGAGCUCAUGAAGCUGCUAAUUGUUUAGUCACGACAGUCAAUGAUAUGCAGAUGUGAUGGAUGAGUAAUUAUGAUUUUAAACGCAAAAUUGUGAAAAUAUCAACCUUAACUUAAAAUUCUGAAAAGGUAUUCAGAAUAUGACUAACAUGAUGUGAUACUGAAAGGCCAAGUCCUUUGAUCUGCUAAAGAAUAUCAACUGAGAGAUUUUGUAAGAAGUUUGGCAUUAGAUCCGAGGAUUUAAGAUUGAAGGAAACGUUACAAUGGAAGUGAACGUGGGAUUCUGCUACAAGGAUACAAGACGUGAUAAACUGCUCGGAGGUCCCUGUAUAAAACAUGCCUACCUAUUUUCACCUAUCGUCACCAUCCAUAGAUCUGUCUUAUCUUUUCAAGCUCCCCAUUGACUCAGCACUACCAACCUGACUACUGAGUCUUUUUCCGCUCAUCCACCACUCAAGUUUCUCCCUCUUUUAAAUCGAACACUGUCAAGCUUCAACCCGUUAUUUUGUCUUCAGUCCUACUGUUUCUUCCCAUCUCUUGUUUACAUCGAACUUUAUCAUACCUGAACACAUUUUUGUAUUUAUCCUACUGUUUCUUCCCAUCUCUAGUAUAAAUAUCACUUUAUCAAUCUUGACACCCUCAUUUCAUAUUUUAUUCUAAUGUCUUUUCUUUUUUUCUCAUCUCUUUUAGAUCUAACAUUAUCAAACUGGAACUUGCUACUUCUUGUCCUGUCCUACUGAACCUGAUAUCACCACAGGCUGCGGCGCCUGUUGCUCUCGCCCACACGGACACAAAUAAAUAUCAUAUAAUCCUGACGCACACUCACACAUACACGGGGAGGGAAAAUGUACACUCCGCGCACAGACGGACACGGAUAUGGGGUCAGGGGAAGGUGAGGUUCGAAGCUCCACGUGAUUGAUUGACUUAAGAUGUACAUGGACUGACUAUUGUUAUUAUUAUUUAUUUUAUUAUUAUUAUUAUUGUUGUUGUUGUUAUUUUUUAUUUUUAUAUGUAAAUCUUGAGCAGAACAAAGACUUCGCAACUUUCACUAUCACAGCACGCACAUUCAUCAUCAUUCUCUCUCUCUCUCUCUCUCUCUCUCUCUCUCUCACACCUACGUCUAGUAUAACAUUUAACUAUAUACUUUAAAUGCUCUGAUAGUUUUAUAAAUCUUCACUAUUUAACACCAACAGGAUGAAUGUACAAUAUUAUUAUUAUUAUUACUAUUAUUAUUAUUAAUACCGGACAGGUGGGUGAGGGGGCGGCCGGCUGAGGGCGAGAUGAUUGGCGGGGAGAAGGUGGGAGGGACGGGAUGACGGGAGGGAAGGGGUGGAGGCGACGGUUGAAGGGUAUGGGGAGAGAGGAGAGGGAAGAGGGGGUGGAAUGGUAUUAGAGUAGUUAGUCGUCAUUAUUUUACAAACGACAAUUCACUUGGUUAAAUACUCGUACUGUAGUUACGUAGAUUGGGAGAGGGCGGGGAGGGAGGACCGGCUGGGCAGGGCGAGGUGGGGCAGGAGGGAGAGAAAGGGAGGCUGGCUAGACUGCCAUUACCACCACAACCACAAUUACCAAAACUACCUCCACCAAAACCACAGCAACUACCAAUUCCAUCCCUGCCUACUACCAUCACCACUGCAGACACCACCACCUUCAGCACCGGUUUCCCUGUCACGGCUCGUCAGGCAUACUCACGCCCUUUACGGCCCGACCGCUACUGAUUCUCUCCUCUUCAGCCUCUCAAGCCCCGUCACUGCGUCUCCGCCCGCGUGGUGCCCAAGCCGGCGGUGACGAGGGCGGGAGCUAUUGAGUUGUGCAGCUCUCGGAACACUGCAUCCACCCGGCGGAAUGUUCUUGCUUCCCGUUGUCUUACUGAGUCCACUGUUCCUGUGCUCUUCCCGGCAACACAUCACUGUCGCAACCUGAGCACGACAAACACACACACACACACACACACACACACACACACACACACACACACACUUUUCUUUGGUCUUCAUCAGUGUGGCAGUGAGAGAACUAGGGAUCGAGCAACUACAUCGGCUAGUAAUGUCUUCGUUGUUUUCAUCCUUGUAGUUGGAUGUCUCUCUCUCUUCUCCUCUGAUCCUCCCUCGCGCCCUCCCCGCUCGGCUGCCAUCUGGGUGUGAGGGGACGUGGGGGAAGGCGCUGCCUCUCCCAGGUUCCCUCACGCGGCGUAUGGAGCGCCUGGAGUCCGGGCGGCGUGGUGGUGGCUCCUCCGUGGGGACCUCACCAUACGCGACACUUCCUCUCAGGGUUCAUGGCGCUCCCCAGCGGACAGCUGAAGGCUUCGCUGAACUCUUCGGAAUUUGACAACGUGCCGAUCACCCUGAGGAGGAAAGUGUCUAUGAGUGGCAGUGGAUUUUCGCUUCAGCUACACGUAGCACAUACACACAAUCCGACAUUCAUAUUGAACUUUUUUAUUUGACAUUAAUAUUAUACUUCUUUUUUUAUAUUUUCAUUAUUUCAUAUCUUCAUUACAUCUUACGGCUUUCAUAGUGGUAUGCAAUAUGAUUAAUAAAACAAUGUUAUAAAG